CCAAUCGGGGUAUUGAGGCAACACCAGACCUGACGCAACACGGGUAUUCAGGGGCUGUUAGUAUUGAAUCUAGCAAGUGCAAGAUUGGUUUCAUGAUGCAUUCAGCGUCCACUGGACGGCUCCACGGAAGGAAAUAGUGUGGAACUCGGAGUUUGCUGCAGGCACAGCACCCUGUGCGACACACGGAACACAAAACGAUUCCUGCGGGAUCUCGGGAAUAAUAAAAAGAGGCGCCUAAAUCGGUCUUUUGUAGUUGGGUUCCUGCACGCUAUGUGCGCUCUUUCUGGAUGCAUGGCAACAAUGGACUGUCACGCUUUGGAGUCGCUAUCUGCGUUAAAGUUAUUUGCAUCGGGCUGAUAUUCAUAUACCGUAGGCUACCCCGCGGUGGUACAUUUCUUCCUGGAAAUAUUGGUUUUCACGGGUUGCCAGUGCCGCAUGGACUCAAGUCCAAUUUGGAGAUCAUUCAAAAAUGCCAGUACGAAACAGAUACAACCUGGUGGACGACGUGGGGGAUUCGCGGGUUCCUCUACACAACGAGGAAGCAUACCAACACGGGAUCAGUUUCCAAGCAAAGUAUGUGGGCAGCCUGGAUGUGCCAAGGCCCAACAGCCGCAUGGAGAUUGUAGCUGCGAUGCGGAGGAUAAGGUACGAAUUCAAAGCAAAGAACAUAAAGAAGAAGAAAGUGAACAUCGUGGUGUCUGUGGACGGGGUGAGGGUGAUCCUGAGGAAGAAACAGAAGCGGAAAGAAUGGACUUGGGAUGAGAGCAAGAUGCUUGUGAUGCAUGACCCGAUAUACAGAAUUUUCUACGUGUCCCACGACUCCCAAGAUCUGAAGAUCUUCAGCUACAUUGCCCGAGACGGAACAAGCAACUCCUUCAGAUGCAACGUCUUCAAGUCCAAGAAGAAGACCCAGGCCAUGCGCAUCGUUCGCACGGUGGGCCAGGCCUUCGAGGUGUGUCACAAGAUCAGCCUGCAGCACGCGCAGCAGGGCGUAGACGGACAGGCUGACGGGGAGAGCGACCAGUCCGUGGAGGAGCAGUCGAGCGAAGGCGGUCCGCUGCCCGGGGAGGCGGGGGACGACGUGGGCGGGACGGUGGUGCAGUCGCAGGCGGGGACGCUGUGUGAGCAUGCCGUCAGCGAGAUCCUGCAGAGCCUGGCCGAGCUCAACGUGGUGAAGCCCGGCCACAACCUCAAAGACAAGACCUUCCAGGAUUUGGAGAAGUGCUCGCUGUACACGGUGUCACGCAGCUCCCGGUCUCCGGUCAGCCCCUGCUCCCCCGCGCUGACGCCCCUGGCUGCACAGCACCACCUGCAGCUCCUGCAGCACCAGCUGCACCAGCAGCAGCAGCAGACACAGGUCGCUGUGGCCCAGGUGCAGCUCCUGAAGGACCAGAUGUCCGCUGAGACGGCAGCUCGGAUCGAGGCCCAGGCCCAGGUGCACCAGCUGCUGCUGCAGAACCGGGACCUCCUCCAGCACGUGGCACUGCUGGUCCGGCAGCUGAAGGAGCUGGAGGCCAAGGUGCAGGGCAGCAGCCAGACAGAUGGAGAGGAUCCCACAUGGAGCUCAGUAUUGACCCAGUCCCUCUCCCUCAACCUGAAAAAUCACUACAGCCAAGGGAAGGACCCACCAGCCACCUCCACUCCGGCAGGGGUUCCCAAGGACACCCCCGUGCCUGCCGCCCAAGUGGACUGUGCCGAGUCCUACCUCAGCCUCCUCAGCCUGGACAACGGGGCGAAGGAAGAGGGCACCCUCGGCUGGCCGACCAAUGGAAAGGCCGGGAGCGGACGGAACACUGAAAGGUCAAACAUCGCGGGGAACGAAAUGGCCAGAAUUGACACCCAGACUCUCCGAACUGCAGAUGAAAGGUUUCAGCAGAUUAUCCCCAAGCUGAACCCUCCGCCCCCAGCCCUGAACCGCAAACGGCCGAACCGGACGCGCUCCCCGGGGCAGGAGAACGACCCCAGGCCCUCGCCCCUGCCCCUGACCCCCCCCGCGGAGGCCAGCCUGGGCGACAGCGGCUCGCUGGCGGACGCCACGCCCUCCUCCUUCUCCUCCUGCGACGUCCAGUCGCUCAGCAACGGGGAGAGCGGCUCGUGCUCGGCCAGCGAGGACUCCGGGGUGCGGUCUGAGGAGAAGUCCCUGUUCUCCCCCCAGCCCGACGACCCCUUCGAGGACCCCGCCGCCUUCCUCUCCGCCUCCAGCAGCUGCAGCAGCCACCUGGAGGACCGGGCCGCCCCGCCGGGUCCCCCCAGCCCCGUCGCCAACUCCGAGGAGGGCUACGACCACUCCAUCCCCUUCUCCUCCCCCGUCAACGAGACCUGUCUCCACAUCAGCUUCUCGGAGGACGAGCUGCUGGACUCGAGCGUGGAGGACUUCAGCGUUCCCCAGCGCAGCUAGGGCUUCCUGCAGGGGACGCUCAUCACACAUUUGGGCUCCUUAAGUCCUGUCCAGACUCCUUAAACCCCAAACCGGGCAGCAUUCCCCCACAAUGCACCUCUGCAUCUGUAGUGCACCCAUGUCGGGUCGACGCGUUUCUCUUGAAUCCAUUUCAUCUUGUCAGUGUUCAUACGCAGUACAGCAGGGAUCAUCAACUCCCUCUGGUUUUCUUUUCUCCUGGGUAAUUAGCGCUACUGAUUGGCCAGGCUGUCUUCGCAGGUAAAGGGAGGGUGGGAAACCAGCAGUUUUCAGCCCGUGCGGACCGUGACUUGCUGAUCCCUGCUGUAGAGAUGUUUCAAGGGAGCGGUGACACACUCUUGUGACUCUCAAAUUCAGUGGCAGAUUAGACUACCACCUACUUGCACAAGACCCUUUUUUUUAUUUUUAUCCACUCAUUCUCUGGGAUUAUUCAUGUUUCAAAUAACAAUGACUGCCGUAUGAAAGCAGACAUUUUUUUAGAUUGAAAAUAGCAUUAAUAAUAAUUAUUUAUUAGCUGUCUAGUAAUAUCUAGAUAAUAAAGUGGCAUCUUCUCUUGCAACCUGCUUUCGCGGCGUAGAUUAGAAGACACAAUCGGAGACCUACUUGCCAUUAAUGUCCUUUAAAGUCAGUUAGUUUUUUUUGGUGGGAGGGAGGGGGCUGCUAGGGGGGGGGAGUGUGUUCAUGGUUUUGCCCCCCCUGUAAAUGUUUUAGUGUCGAGUUAAGCUGCAUCUCACAGGCCCUGGGAACCGAGAGAGAAUGAAGAAGAGAACGUGUAUGUUAAGUGAAAGAAAGAGAAGAGAAAGGGAGACCAGAAUGAUAUGUAAUGGUGGGACCGUAAGGGCAUGAGAAUGUGUCGAAUAUGAGUGGAUAUUUAGUAUAAUGUUCGUCUAAGAUUCUGGAGUGUACUUGCAGCCUUUAAGGUGGCAUCAAUCCGCACUAAUCUGAGCAAAUAAAAUGUGAUGGUUAGAAACCGCUAGAAGCCUGAUGACCUUGAGGAGGGCACUUAUUAAUCUGACUCAGGGGGGCUCAUCAUACCGUACAUCUAAUGACCACCCGGCUGUGAAUGCAAACACUAUUUUUAUCAACAGAUCCAGUCAAAACACUAUUUUUACAUGAAUUCUACUACAAAAGCGGAUAUAGUAUAUUGUCUAUUGGCCAGAUUUGUUGGAGAACCAUUUUUUUUUAUUAUUUUACUUUUUCAUUCAUUUUCCAGAAAACAUUGUGGAGUACUGACAGAAAUAAUAUUUGCUUAGAAUUAUGGACAAACAUGCAUUUCAGGUAGAUGGAAUAUGGAAAUAUAUUUUAAUCCACGAUUUGAGCUUCGAUUCCCUCACACUGAUGCUUGGUCAUAGUUUCAAAGAUCUGCCAUCUCCAUUAUAGACCACUACUGAAAAAGAAAGCUUUUUCAGUCCUCUGCAAAUGAGUAAUGUGUCAGAACUCUAGUGGGAGGAAAUAUUAGCUUGACAUGUUGCUGAGCCACCAGCUCCUGAACUGUAUCCUGAGAUGAAAUGCUUCAUUUCAGAAAUUAAGGGAAGAAUCAAGGCGCAAUCAAGGUAAUUACAACUGCAGCACCAAGGAUUUUGCUCUUUGUGUGGGCUUUACUGGGUUAUUCUCCGGUUUGGCAAUGCAAAAAGGAAACGAUCUGAAACAAGAAAUAAUUGAAGAAAAGAAAUUGCUGGAAAAGAAACACAGGUGUUUUUAUUUCUUCCUCUGAAAGGCAGAAUGUGCCGUCUAUAAUUCCGCAGCAAUUUCUCCUGUCAGGGUGCAUUAUGGGAAGAUUAGAAUGGUUGGGUUUUCAAAGGGCGGAAUGAUAUGUUGGUAAUGAAUCUGACAUGCAGGCUGAAAUCCUGUGAAUAUUACUGCAGCGGUCUCUCCUGCAGUCAUAUUCCUCUUCAAACGUACUCUCAACAGAAAAAUGCAUUACUGUGUUCUGUGUUGAUUGAACUGCAGUCCUGACUGAAGUACAGCAAUGAAGACCACACAUAGGUCACAAGGGAGAGCCGGUUUGAGAUGCAGGCCAGGAAGUCGUUUGAUUUGCCGGAGAAGGGCUUUGUCAAGUUGUGGAUUUGUCACGGUUCGAGAUGAAGGAAUAAUGGCGCAGACGCACUGGGGAGUGGUCACUGUGAAACAGUGGGAAACGUCAGCUCAUACUAAACCGCAAUUACCAAGGCAACAAUAAAGCAGCUGGUUUAAAAAGACCAUUAAAAUCCUCGCA